AUGGAACAAGAUAUGAUGACACUCCCAUCAACCACAGUGACAAAUUCCAGCAAGACCCCAGAGACCAUGAAGAUCCCUCACCUGGCCUCUGCUGUGUUGCUCUUCAUCACCUUCCUAGUGGGUGUGGUGGGGAACGGGAUGUACCUGUGGGUGCUGGGGCUGAAGAUGAGAAGGACGGUGACCACACUCUGGUUCCUCCACCUGGUUUCCUGCUACCUCCUCUUCACCCUGCUGAUCCCCUUCUUUGCCAUCUACAUCCUCCUGGAUUUCCAUUGGAUCUUUGGUAUGGCCACGUGCAAGCUUCUCAAUGCCUUUAUUUCCAUAGGCAUGUUCUCCUCUGUUUUCCUUCUCACCCUUAUCAGUCUGGACCGCUACAUCCUCACUCACCAUCCCAUUUGGUCCCGGAAUCACCGUACCGUGCCACAGGCUAGGAAGCUGGUUGUGGGUGUGUGGGUGGCUUCCUUAAGUCUCAGCACUCCCUACCUGGCUUUUCGGGAGACCCGGGUGGUGGAUGGGGACAGGAUUGCCUGCAUCAAUAAUUACAACAUCUCAGGAGACUGGAAUGGAGCCAAGACGCAGGACCUGAGCAGAAGGGUGCACCUGGCCAUCUUCGUGGUCCGGUUCCUGCUGGGUUUCCUGAUACCCUUCUGCAUCAUCAUGGGAUGCUAUGCCCGCGUGGGGCUGAAGAUGAAGGAGAAGAAGCUGGCAUGGGCUGGAAAGCCCUUCAAAGUCAUGGUGGCUGCAGUGAUUUCCUUCUUCCUGGGCUGGCUGCCCUACCACCUCUACCACAGCUUGAACUUCUACAAGAAGGAGAUGCCAGAGUCAGUGACGGGUGCCCUCUUGGUCAUUUACACCUUCACAUCCUGCUUCAAUGCCUCCUUCACCCCCAUUCUAUACCUCUUUGUAGGGGAGAAUUUCUGGCAGGUUUUCCGGACGUCUCUUCUCACUUUGGUCAAAAUGGCUUUUGUUGACGAUCUCAGCAGUGGUGCCCUUACUUCUAGUGGAAGACAUGGGUCAGAAGUCGAGAACACAAAACAGGAGAUGGUCUGA